GAUCUAUCCACAUCAUCAUUCAGCCUUCCCCUCUGGUGCAAACUUCCAAAACACAUGGUCUCCUCGUCAGCAUUCAGCACAUCAAAGGCAGCCCGCAGACGAACAACAUUGCAUCCAUUAAAAUGCACAAAGCAAAAUAAGACACCUCCUUUCUUUCAUUUAUUAAGUCAAGAAAAUUCAAGUGCCUGUUCUGUUUGGUUGUGCAAACUUUCACAAUUCCAGCAAGUAUCAAGCGAUCCCAAAUCAGAAGACAGAAAACCAGGCAAGGAAGACUUAAUACGACGCCAAAGCCGAAAAGCCAAAAGAGGUGGCGGGGAACUGGUGGAUGGCAAGAACCAACAAAUAUACCUCCAUUAAUUUCAAUCAUGUCCUUGAGAAGAACCUGACCUCCCCUUCCAAUUCCACCAAAACUAAAAAUCCACAAUCCCACCACCCAAACCAACCUCCUCCGUCUUUUUCUUCUUAUUCUUCCAUCUCAGCCGCAGCCAACGCCAAAACCCAUGGCCGCAUGCUCGUCCUGACCCGGCCCUCUCCCAAGCCCAUUGCAAACCCUCCUCUUGUCUCCCCAACACCGCCCAAACAGUCUCAACCCCAUCAACUCCAAACCCGGUCAGCUCCAGCUCCAGCUCCAGAUCCAGAUCCAGAUCAAACACUGCCGUCGGAUCCGGCUCCUGAUCAGAUUUCUCUACGUCCUCUUGGUCGAACCGGGUCCGGGAUAUCCAUUCCGGUUCAGGAGAGGGAGAAGGAAGUUGUGCCGGUUUCUGUGUCGCCGAAGCCGGAUCGAUUCGUUCCGCCUCAUCUUAGGCCGGGUUUUGUGGGGAGAGAGGAGAGGCCUGGACCCCAAGUGUUCCGUGGAAGAGAACAGAGUCAGAAGCAUUUCGGGUCGCCGGGUCGGUAUGGUGAAGAUGGGCGGCCCAAGUCAGGUGGUUACGAGAAGAUGAGAGGAGGUGGUGAAUCAGAUCUGGGUUGGACUGAUCGGCCCAGAUCCAGUGGGAAUCGCCCUAGUUCUAGUGGAUGAGUUCGUUCUGAAGAACUUGUUUCAAAGAUGGAGGUGGAACUUUCUUGAAAGCAUAGAUGGACACCUAAUUGUGAACGGCUGCCGCCUCUGCCCCUCAGUAAAUCACUUUAUUUUUUAAAAGUUGGAUAGAAUCUCAUUUCGUGGAAGAUAAAAUACAGCCAGGUGGCACCGUUUGAGGUGUUCUAUUCGAAAAUAGAGGUUUGAGGACUGAAGUCCUUUCAGAGCUGAGAGAUUAGCUGACUUGUAAGAAUAGAUGAAGGUGUCCUAUGGAAUGUAGAAUUUACGUUAUGUUAUUUUUCCUGUUCAACCACUUCAACUUUUACGAACGGGCUCAAAUGUUGCCCCUCUCCUUAUUCUUCCUCUUGGUUGUACUUGAAGAUCCUUCCAGUUUGACAAAUAUUUAUUUAAUGUUUCUCCUCCUCCUAUCGAAAUUUA